AUGGUCCUUGCUGACCUCCGUGAAGGGAGUACCGGCCCCAUCACGGUUAUGGUUUGCAGAAAGUGGGACGUCACAAGUGUCAAUGGACGCUACAUGAGCACCGACUAUGUCGUCAGUGAUAUAAAGGGAGGUGUGAUGCAUUGUACCGCCCGAAAUAACAUUGCACACUACUUCUUUGACAAGCUCAAAGAGGGCGGGAUAUAUUUACUCAAGGGUUUUAUAGUCCAGAGCACCGAUCAAUACCGGAUUCUAAAAGACAGCCCCUUUGUUAUCGGGUCGAAUGGCUCCACGACUGUUAAGAGGGUUGACGAUGCCAGUGGUUCAUUUACGCGCUACCCGUUCUUACUUACGGCGUUUGAGGACCUCGAACCAACAGAGGGCAAGUAUUUUGUAGUCAUGUUUGUAAAUUGCAUCAAUACCGGAGAAGACGGAGCGUAUCUGCCACAUUCAAGCAUCCUCCCUUUCAUUAUGCAACCUGUGACUGAAUAUCGGAAGACACCUGCCAACAUGAAGAAAACCACUGCUGUUGCUAACUGUUCAGAAAGUUUGGCGACUCUUGAAGAAAUAUUACACCAUGGUCGAGAAAAUAAGAAACACACGAAUGCUGAGUUCAAUUGUCGUGUGGUGAUUAAAGGCGUACGUAAUAGCGAAGAGUGGUUCAGUCUUAUGUGUGGAGGAGGAAAAUGCAUGAAAGGUGUAUCGCGUGAUCACGGGGAGCUGUGGUGUGUUGGCUGUGAAAACCCAGUUAUGUUUCCCCGAGCAAGGUUCCAUCUUGAACUUGAUGUGCUCGAUUCCACGGCAAAAUCGGUCAUCGUGUGCUUCGAUGACACUGCACAGAUUCUAACAAGCACCACUGCUCAGUCUAUACUCAAUGUGGAAUCGGGUCUCUCGCAUAUCUACACCGUUUAUUCCGAAAGCAUCCAGGAUAACUUCACUCCAGUCAUGAUACAGAACUCUAACGGUAGCAUCUCAGCGCUCCCAAACUGCUUACACUCACUUGUGGGCACCACCCGAACCAUCCAAGUUGACACAUCCACAUACUACCAUCAUGGGGCCUUUGAGAGCUACAAAUGCAAGCGUGUGCUCCCAGACGAAACCAAUUGUCAAUCCGUUGGAUCUACCACUCCUACUCCCAUGACUAGGAAAGGUAAAGGGGUGAUGACAAUACCAACACCGAUUAAGCUCAAAGAAACAAUCAGAAAGUACAUCCCUACUUAUGAAGGUUCUGAUUCAGAUGGUUUUGUGGGUAGCGCUCCAGGUGAAAGCCCUACAGGUUCUUAUUCAGAGAUGGUUCUGUGGGUAUCGCUCCAGGUGAAAGACAAGAAACUACUAAGGGGAACGUCGACUACAUGGCGAUGCAUUAGCGGCAGAAGAUUUCGUGAAUUAUUGAAUAAAACCGGAAGCUUUACGAACUCCUUUAAGUUUUUUUCCUGUAAUGUAUGUUUUUAGACUUGGCAUACAUGUUUGUUCUUAAACAGAUUCCGCAAACAAAGUUUCCUGUGCUAUGCACGCCUUAAAUUUUGUGUGGCCGGCUUAUGGUACAAGCUCUUAUCACGUU